AUGUUGCACGCAUACUGCACGCAUGCAGGCACAAAUGACGUGCAUCCUGUUUCAGUUUCACAUCAGUCCAGCAGCAAGGGCCAGGGCGAACUUCCUCCGUGGGUUGAUCUUAGGGACUUGCAUUCAAUUAGGGGUCUUCCUAAUGUUGUUUUUGCUGCUGAUGGGAGUGGAGAAUUUAGUAGAAUCAUGGAUGCACUUGAGUUACAAUCAGAGCUUUCCGGUGAGAUUUUCGGUUACCAAGACAACCAAUAUUCCUAUUCGCAGCAGCAGUUCUACACAAAUUGCAAAAUCAGAGGCUCAAUGAAUUUCAUAUUUGGACACGCCUCUGCGGCUUUCCAAUACUGCAUUAUAUUGGUCAAGAAAGGAUUGUCAACACAAAACAACACUAUCACUUCCCAAGAUAGAACAAGCUCAAGCCUAGCAUCAGCAUUCUCCUUCCAGUUCUGCAACAUAUCAGCAGAUUUGGACCUUCUACCCUUCGUUGGCUCCAUAUCCACAUACCUUGGAAGACCAUGGAAGCAAUAUUCUAGAGUUGGUGGCAUGCAAUCCUACAUGAGUGAUGUGUUGAGUCUUGAAGGAUGGUUAGAGUGUAAUAGUUCAUUGUAUUUGGACACACUGUACUGCGUUGAGUAUAAUAACUAUGGAUCAGGAGCUAGGCUAGAUAGACGGGUUAAAUGGCAAGGCUUCCAUGUGAUCAAUGAUUUUAGGCCAGCUUGGAAAUUCACGGUAUUUGAACUCAUCAUGGAGGAACAAUGGUUACCUUCAACCAGAGUACCCUUCAUUCCUGGACUAAGGGACUAA